CUGAGCAAUAGGGAGCGUGUGUGGUGACGCCAUCAGAGCGCGCCUCUUGCGGUGUGUCCUGUCCGCGAGAAGGUCGCGUUUCCGGGGCUGGGCGAGUGGCGCUCGGCCGUCGCGGGGCUCGGGAUGGCUGGCUACACCCCCGACGAGAAGCUGCGGCUGCAGCAGCUGCGCGCCCUGCGGCGCCGCUGGCUCAAGGACCAGGAGCUGAGUCCGCGCGAGCCCGUCCUGCCCCCGCCGAAACUCGGGCCAGUGGACAGGUUCUGGAAGCGCUUCCUGCAGCCGGGCUCCUUCUGGCGGCUGCAGGUCAGCGAGGCCCGGGUCCCCCAACCCUGCCCUGCUGAGGCGUUCCCACCCCGGGGCAGCCUUGACCACAGGG